UAGUUGCAACUGGGGGUAAAAGAAGAAGAUGGACAUUAGCCAAAGAAAAGAGAAACAAGCAUGGCUGGGAACGUCAGUAACACCGUCCCUGCGAUAACUAGUUCUUUGUCACAGCUACAGGCUUUAAACGGAUUGUUUGCGAUAUAUAAAAAACAAGGACCGACCUCCGCAGACGUGUUAAAUGUACUCAAGGAAGCUUUGCUCAAGGAAGCGGGAGUCAAAAAUCCAAACCCGCGGAAGAGGAAGAAUCAGAGCCUGAAGAUGGGACACGGAGGGACGCUGGACAGCGCUGCCAGCGGGGUGCUGGUUGUUGGUGUUGGGAACGGCACCAAAAUGCUCAGCACAAUGUUGACUGGGUCAAAGAAAUAUAUUGCCGUUGGAGAGUUUGGAAAAGCAACAGACACUCUUGAUGCCACCGGCAGCGUGACUCUGGAGAAAGGUUUUGAACACAUAACCAGGUUGGACGUUGAGGAAAAGCUGAAAGCUUUCACUGGUGACAUCAUGCAAGUGCCUCCGCUAUACUCUGCAUUAAAAAAGGAUGGCCAGCGUCUGUCUGUCCUCCUGAAGAAAGGUCACAAGGUCGAUGCCAAACCGGCCAGGCCAGUCAUGGUGUACAACCUGACCCUGCAGGAGUUCAAGCCUCCUCUCUUCACUCUGGAUAUUGAGUGUGGAGGUGGAUUCUAUGUCAGAAGUUUGGUGGAUGACCUGGGAAAAGCUCUGUCCUCUUGCGCUCAUGUGAAGGAGCUGAUCAGAACAAAGCAGGGUCCGUUCACUCUGGAGGAGCACGCCUUACACGAGGAGCAGUGGACGCUGGAACACAUCUCGCGCUCGCUGAAGACCUGCUCAGAGGGAGAGCAGGAGGAGGACCAUCUGAAGCCAAAGAAGGUAGUCACCUGACCGGGACCAGGAUCCAGAGGGAAGAGGAAGGGGUUUCCUUUCAUGUAAUGACUGAUUUUUGGUUCAUACUCUUCAGUUUUAGUUAAAUGUGUGGUUCAAAGUUUGGACAUCAUCACACCUUAGAUUAAAAGUUGUAAAGUAAACAGUUAUAUAAUGAGAAAUGUGAGCAAAGGAGACUCAGCAGGUUACCAUGUUGCUUGACCUGCGCAGAUUUGUGAAGAGUAAAUAACCUGAUCGUAAGAUCGGCGAGGACAUCCAAGGGAACGGCAAGAUCCCUCUCUGUGGCACCGAAAAUCUUCUGUGAAGUUUUUGUUGUACGUUUAGGAUCCGAUUUUUUUUAUAGGCUGCCUACACUCAGUUUAGUUCACUGUUGUAAAGAAUGUAUUUUACAAAGUCUUCCUUGAGUCCUGCUCAGUGCAGUGAUGUUCAUCAUUAAGUAAAAAAGCCCUCUGAGCUCGUCUAAA